AAAAUUUCGAUCCCGUACUCGAGUGACGGCUCUCGCAGCACUCGCAAGUAGUCAAAAUGGAGGCAUUCAUUUACGACGAUUGGCAAACGUGCAGUAGGCUUGGAUAUAUUUCGCAAAAUGGUUGUUGUUCGCGUUAGGUAAUUUGACGUUUCGAUUAGAAGUGUAAACGCGAACCCGGACAAUUGUGAUUUGGAUAAACGAACCCUCGUUAACAAACUGUGAUUCGGUGCUGUGUGUGUGUGCUGUGUUCUCGCCUGUAAGCUGGUGAAUUUAUCAGAUAGACACACUAAGAAAUCGCGAGAAGAGAUAUAUUUCAUCUCGAUGUCUGCACCACGGGCCGUUCUUUGAUAGUGUGGAUCUAUCCUCUGGCUGUCAAUUAAAUACCACUCGUAAAACUACCGAGUGUUCAACCGUCCUUUGUCGUGCGACGUCGCUGUCUGAUUUACCGAUUUUUUCACACCUAAUCCACAUUCGUAUUCUUAAAAUCCGAAUUAAUACCAAUCGUCACUCAAUAACCUCCACCCGUUAUUUUUAAAUACACGCACACCCACUUUCUUCUCGACUCUUUUUUUAUCGUUACGUUUAGUUAGGUACGUACCUGCAUACAUUCAUAUUCAUAUACUUACAUGCGUCUGUCUUUUCAUACCGCUUCGAAAAGAAAAAGAGAAAAAUCUAUGAACGACAGGGUGAAUCAUUCUUUCCCUCCGAGUACAUCUACCUACCCGUUUACACACGUCACUCAUUCUCAGGGUGUAAUAAUUCUCUCAUUUUGCCAUUAUCAUUCACGUUGAACGGCGUCUCUUUGAAGAAAAAUGAUAUGUGUGUGCCCAAAGUUUUCGUACUUUUCGAAUUAAGUACCUAGAGGAGAAAAACUGUGAUAAGAAAUCAAAACAUACCAACUGAAAGACGGAAAAAGAAACACACCUCUAAACCCUGUCGUUCAAAUCGAAUCUGUUUAUCAAAAGCAGAAGAGUUUUGGAAUAUUGCACUCUACACAAUAUUUUCCCUUCGCUUAUUUAUUAUUAUUAUUAUUAUUAUUAUUAUUUUUAAUUUGAAUUUUGAUUUUUCUCCCAGGAUAUGAUAAGAAAAAUUGGGACCAGUUUAUUUUUGCGUUUGUUAUAUUUCCCAUUUGGAAUGCAGUGUUAACUGGAUGUGGAAUGCCAUUUCGCGUCUAUUCACCCCAGCGAACAACAAAUCGUCGUCAAUCGAAGAAGAUACCUUGUCGGUUAAGUCAGAUUCAAGAUCUGAGUGCGCUGCUAGUGCUAGUGCUAGUGCUAGUGUGCCAGUGGCUGAUAUAUCCGUAGAUGUUUUCAAAACAAUGGAUCGUAACAUUGGAGAAGAUCGGCGUAAAGGCAGUGCUGGGAUUAGUGGAGAGCAAAGACAUGGAACUGGAGACUCGGAUCAUGCUUCAGACACAUCUGAGACUCGUUUGGCCAAACAGCGUGCCUCCGUGAAGUGGCUGCUUUCCAAGGCUUACAACAACAACGUGCCGGAGAAUCUACGAGAGCCGUACUAUCGCGAUCACGAGGAUCAGGAACAUUUGAAGCCACAGAUAGUUCACUCGCUUUCCAAUGCAGAGCUCUACUGUUUGGCGCUGGCCAAUAUCUACUCGGAUCCAAAUUACCACAACCAAAACCACCUUGGAAUUCUUCAAGCCCUUGCAAGGAAAGGUGUCUUUGUUUCCGAACCGAACAACACUCAGCUGACCGAAACUAUCCUCAUACAAAAUUCACCACUUAAAAUGUCGGCGCAUAUGGCUGUGAUAGAAGGUUUGAUGGUGCUUUACGCAAAAGAAGUAGUUACGGGAGACUGUGUCGUGGCUGCAAUUAGACGAUUUAACCCACAAAGUAACUUGGAAGUGCCGACUGACCAUGAGCGAGGACUUCUUUUGUGGAUCAACGAAGCCUCUCGGGCUCUAGUUACCAAGAUAAAACUGGAAGAAGGUGCUGGGGAUAGAUCCCGACUGCCUGACUUACCCUCGGCGACUGACUUCCAGUCUCUGUGCGAUGGUGUUGGUCUUGCUGCUGUAGUCGCCUUUUACUGUCCAGAAGAGUUGAAUUGGAAGGAUAUUCGGAUAUCUAAAAGGCUAUCCGUUGCUGAUGCUCUACACAAUUUAUUGCUCGUUCAAACGUUUUGUGCCAGAUGCUUACCAUACUCUAUUUUUCAUAUGCAAAAUGAAGAUGUCACCUACAUGAGAGGAUCUAUGAAACAAAAUUUGAUUGUUUUCCUGGCUGACCUGUACAAUGUGUUAGAAAUUCAUCCGGUCAAAUCAGUUCGUUAUCCUGGCGAUGAAAGGGAUUCGCAAUAUUCGAACGUUUGCCCACGCAAUAGCCACGGUGUAGCUCAUAAACGCAGCCUGCCUCAGUCUAUAGCUCCGAUACCUGACCUACGAAGCAACCUCUCCGUAUCCGCUCCAGGCUUCACAGUAAUGAAAACACCGUCCUCAAGUUCUGUUAAAAAAUCACAAUCGUUACAACAGGCGAUGGAAAAUCAAUCGUACGAAGACAGGAGAGCAGGAAGCGAAGAUAGUUUCGUCGUUCACAGGGGCAAAGGAGUUCCUACUCUGAGCUCUGUAACUGAUGAAAAGCUCGCUGCUCGAGCAGAAGCUGCUGGUCGGCCAAGUAAUUGGGAAGAUCAGAGACGUAGCUCUUAUGCAGGCAGGCGUUCCAGGAGAAAUAGUGUUACUGAUGACUCUCAACUUACAAUCGAGAACUUCGGAGGAUCUCAGGAUAAUUUGCACAACUUUGGUCGAAAUCCUGACAAGGAAGUUGGAGGGCACGUAGGACGCCACAACGUUGCUGAACCAACUCUUCCAGCCAGAUCCAGUGUUCAAGAUGUUUAUGGCAGUGGUGUGCAACUGAUUCUAUCAGACAAUGGUUAUAGUGCAGAUGAGCCACCCAGGCUCAAGCGACAAACAUCUAAUUCGAGUCUAAACAAUGUUGCACUAAAAAAUAUCCUACAUUCCAAUGAAAAUGAUAGUAAUGUGGACAGUAACAGUUCGAAAUUAGCCAGCUUUGCUCAGCUCGGUAGACAGAGCUCUGACAAGGUUAUCAAUUUCACUUAUUCCAAUCAAGAGAAAGACGACAACCUUUUGAAAAAAGCUGGCAUAGUAGCAAAAAAACAAGUUCAAAAUAACGGCAGCACAUUGGGCGAAAAAAAGACAACUUUUGCAGCGCUCCCAAAUACGACUACGUGGCAACAACAAAGCAACCAGCAAAUGCACCAAGCCGACACUAAUAGUACUGAUGAAAAUGGAGGUAACACUGUCAUGGCAUCACAGUUGAAUAACAUCAGGAUGAAACUUGAAGAAAAACGACGUCACAUAGAAAACGAAAAGCGGAAAAUGGAGGUUGUCAUGUCUAAGCAACGGCAAAAAGUUGGCAAAGCUGCAUUUUUGCAAGCAGUUACCAAGGGUAAGGUAAAAUCCCCUUCAUCAUCAACGUCAGGGGGUGAAAGCCCCGUGGAAUCUGUACCCCCCAGCUCUAUUACUUCUGGAAAUAUAGGGCUCAUCCCUGCAAGUAGUACCGAGACACAUCUCGUACCCAAUCAUCCCCCUCAAGAUAAACCUCAACGGCCCUUUUCGCUCAAGGAAAUCAGUGAAGAUGUGCGAGAUGUGGAACAUAAAUGGCUUGAGCAGGAUGGCAGUGCACCUUUCAUCGAAACACGACGCACACCAGAUAUUGAGAAUAUGGACUUAGACCAGUACCAUGAGUCUAUAUCACAAAUGAAUAGCAGUCUUAGCGAAAUUCAAGCAGAUAUACAGCGGCUAGCCAAUCAACAAAAUCAAAUUCAACAACAACAUUUAAUGAGUCAACAUCAGCAACAGAUGCAGCAACAACUGCAGCAAUUAAAGAGCUUAAGCCAGCAACAUAUGCAGAAUUAUGCCAUACCACCAAUGAAUUCAAUACCAACGAGAAUUCAGGACCCUCAACAGUCACAAUUCUACUUACAUGAUCAUGCGCAAUCUCAGAGACGAACAUGGGGUCAACCGCUACCACCUGAAAGCUUAGCGAACGAAAUGGCUGCGGCGGGUUAUCAGCAGCCAGUUGAACUUCGAUAUAGUCCACAGCCUGCAGCUUACCAGCAAGACUCACGACUGUAUCAAGAUGCAAGGACGUGGGCUGCACCUCCUUCUCAGCCAAAAGGAUUCGUACUGCAUGAAAUAGCACCGGAUCAGAGGUAUCUUAAUGGUGGCGAUCAUAGCCUUUGCAACAACCAAAUGAAUCGUUCAGGUUCUACUUAUCCUACACCUGCCACACUGUUCAAUCAAAUGCCACCAUCAUCUGCCAGUCCUCAACAUCGUAAUGCGGUGCAUAGAAUUAGUCAGCUAAUGGGUGAAAGUCCAGAGCAAAAAAGACCUACGGUCCACCAUAUACCCAUAACAUGCGAAAGUCCCACGGAUAAACGUCAAGCACCUGUUCUGCACACUCCUGUCCCUGCGCCAUCAGUUGAUGAUAUGGAGCCUCAAAAUAUUUCGUUUAUUGGAAACGAUGAUGAUCUCCCACACGGAAUUCGUGGCUUGAAUAUCACAUCAGGCAGUAGAACGUACAGAAAACCCUCACCCACGAGACCUUCGAUAUCUAGAAACUCUUUUCAACCGCAUUCGUCGCUACGAGAAUCAGCAUCUCCACCAUGUGCAACACCCGAAGUGUCAGCAUUUGAUACAACAGAUCCUGGAGAGAAGGGAUUCUACAUAUCAUUCGAUAAUGACGCACCCAAAAAGCCUAAGCCAGCACUUGGGCAGAAAAGAACGUCUCCAAAGAAGGAAAGGAUCGUUUCUUCCUAUAUCGAGCAAGAAGACUUUACCGUUAGACCUGAAUCUCCACCAGCCAGUGCUGCUGAAAGGCAGCGGCAACUCGAGGCUCAACGAGAUUUGGAAAGAGAAAGGAUAAAGCAAGCAGAAGAAAGAGAGCAACAACGACAAGAAAUUCGAGAUAGGGACAUGCAGAGAGAAAUGGCAAGAGAACGCCAGAGAGAUAGACAGAAGGAUAGCACUUCGGUUAGCCGACAGGGAAGUGGAAUUGGACUUGUUAUCGGAACUCAACUAGCCAAUCCCGACCCCAACUCACUGGAUGAAAUGGAGAAGAAGAAAGAACGAAUAAUGCUACUGUCACUGCAACGGCGACAACAGCAGGAAGAGUUGAAGGAGAAAAAAGAAGCUGAGGCGCAAACCCGCAAAGAACAAGAAAAGUUAAAAAUGGAAGAAAGAGCACGUAAAAAGGAGGAAGAAAGACAGAAGAGAGCUGCGAUUCUUGAACAAUAUAAGCUUAAGAAGGCGAUCGAAGAAGCAGAGAAAGAGGGUAAAAUCAUUGACAAAGAACUCUUGAAUGCGAUAAAGCCAACAAAAUUACGUAACAAAACCACACCCAGUCGUCCUCGACCGAAAACAAUUCAUGUGGAUGCGGGUGCUGAUUUAGAUUCUGGAGCCUUGACGCCAAGUCGGGGAAAAAAAGGAUCUUCAUCUAAUCUUAGCACUGCGUCGCUGAUAUCCCCAACGAUGAGACGGGACUACUAUCGUGGCUCUCAAGAUAGUCUUACUGCCGCCCACCUUGAUGACCGUCGCUCAGGUCCCCUUUAUCGAGGUGGCAGCCUUAGGGUUUCUUCUGUAGAUUCGCCAGAUGAUGGUAGAGGAUCUUCGCCAUGUCGUAGCGUUAAUCAACUCGGUCGUCGUGGUUCUUAUAAAACAUCACGAGAUGCACAGGAGCCUCAGCAACAAGUUAGAGGCAGGCCUAAAUACCCAUCUUACCAAAACUUUAAGGGAAGAAAGUCUAAUUCGUUGAUGAAUUUGUGUGGUUCGAGUAGUGAUCAAGACAGUAUGAUGUAUCGGUACACAGAUACGGACAGUGGGCUGGGCCGGGCGACACCUCCGAGACGUGCACCGAGUCCAGGAAUGGGCAGUAUGAGGCAUCUACCAUCACCAUCUGGCCCCGGAUCACUUCCUCCAGGCCUUAUGACAAAACGAAGGAUGUUCGAUGACGGAAGCAGUGAUAUUAGCAGUACUCCUAGUUCAAUGAUGGAUUAUAAUGGUCCACGAUUAUACAAACAACCCACCACUAAGUCAAAUAGAGGAAUUAUGUUGAAUGCUGUAGAAUACUGUGUAUUCCCCGGAACAGUGAAUAAAGAAGCCAAAAGGAGGGUACUGGAUGAAAUAUCUAGAUCGGAAAGCAAGCACUUUCUUAUUCUCUUCAGAGACGCUGGUUGCCAAUUCAGAGCUCUCUACUCGUACUGUCCUGACAAGGAAGAAGUUUCCAAACUUUAUGGCACAGGACCAAAGCAGGUCAACGACAGAAUGUUCGACAAGUUUUUCAAAUACAACUCAGGUGGGAAGUGCUUUUCGCAGGUCCAUACUAAGCAUUUGACAGUAACUAUUGACGCAUUUACGAUACACAACAGUUUGUGGCAAGGAAAAAAAGUUAAUCUUCCUAACAAGAAGGAUAUGGCACUUGUCAUAUAGUUAUACAUCAAUGUUACAUACGAGUAAGAUUGUAGUACUAGUACUACAACUUAUACUACUACCAUUACUUCUUCUACUACUACUACUACUACUACUCCUACUACUACUACUACUAUUACGCCCGCUGUUGUUCAUAGUCACUCAUUUAAUACAAGCCCAUAUUGAAAUUAAUAUGAUUGUUCCGUUCUUAGUCAAUUUUAUAAGGAAAUGCCCAAUCUGCACUGACACUUUAUUGCGAUGAUGAUGAUUUAGUAGAAAAUUAAGGACUCACUAGAAUCGCAAAAUCUCUGUGUGAAAAAAGACUAAACUCGUAAAUUGCACAGAUUUGAUUGGAAUUGCUAUUAGACAUUUAAAAAAAAUGGUAAAAUUAUGACGAUGAAUUUCUAAACUAAGAUUUCAUUGGUUCUUUUAGAAGGGAAAAAGAAAUUUUCUUUGGAGAAAGUCUACAUCGCUUGUGUCUGUACUGAUUCUUUGAACCAUAAAACAUAUUGGUUUCCAUAAAAAGGAAUAGUUUGUUAUGAAUAUUUCCUACCAACGUUCAGUAUAGUUAAUGUAGUAGUAAAUAUCUUAUAAAUUUGCAAACGCAACGCCACAUAAUUGUGUAUACUGCUGUAUUAAAGUUGAACUGUGUGACCAGUCUACGAUGAAAUCACUCUCUAUUUUUUUUUUCUUUUUUUUUUUUAUGAACUCUUAUAAACUGAGGUUCAGUCACAAAUUCUACUAGGUUUACAGUAUUGAUGAUUUUGAAAGUUCUUUAUUUUUUUCUUUCAACAUAAAACAAACGCUUUGAAUAACCACGGAAUGUGAUACGUAAUAAUUAUGACAAGAUUCAACUAUAUGUAUUUAAAUAGCUCUGUCAAAAAUCACGUAUAAAUGAUUAUUAUCAAUUAAUAUUGUGCGUAUACGUGCUCAAUGGAAUAUGACAUUUGAGUAAUAACUUAGUAAAAAUCUAUACGACAUAUUGUCAAUUCCAUGGACUGGUAGCAAUUAAUAAUGGAGUUCCGGUUGGUAAAACUACGUUACAAAUUUGUUUACCUUGUGUUUUCUAAAUUCUUUUUAUUUGCCAUGCGCAAUAGUCAAAUCCAGCCUUAAACUUAAUUCGAUCCAGCAAGAUGGAAAGAAAUAUAACCCGCAAUGAUGGGCAAAUUUUACUGAUUUGUCACAGCAAGUCAAUAGACAUCGUAUUUAGUGCUUUAAUAUCUCCAAAGAGCAUGUUAUACCUAUUUUUAUAUCAAAAUUAAUUAUACGCAUUUGAUUAUCUUCAAUCAAAUAUAAUAUUUUCUUUUACUUUUACAAACAUAAAUAUACAUUUAUUUAAAAUCUAACGACAUUGAAUUUUCUCUGCAAGCUACCAGUUGACAUGGGAGUCAGUUUACUCGAAUAAAUACAACAGUAGUGAAAUUGCAUAUUUUGAUCGACGAGUAAUGUGAGAGGUUAAAAAAAAAUUAAUAACGAGAAAAAUUACUGUCGUUCGAUUUAUUUGUUUGAUUUUUCUUAAAUUUUUUCAAGAAUUUUAAGAAGUUUAUUGGUUGUCAUGUGUACGAUGAAAAAAAAAAAAAAAAAUACAAACUGAUAUUUGAGAUAAUUUCGAGGUCACAUUAUAUAGAUAGUAAAUAACAUGUUGCUAGUUAUUAUAUAUACUUGAAAGUGAUUGAUUGGUAUACAUAUAUUAGCGAUCAGCUUACAGUGUAAUUGCCAUAAAUAUUUUGUUCGGCAAGUUGAGAAUAGAUGAUUCGUCGUUUAGAUAUUCACGUUUUUAGUCAAGGAUUAAAUUAACUUUUAAUGCUGUGCUGAGAAAAGACGAGAGGCCUUGUACAUGACGAAUGAUUAUUGGACAAUUACUAGCAUUUAGAUUAAUAAACAACUAUAUAUCGUGCCAUAACUUUGAAAAAUCUUCUCUCCACAGCAUUGAGGUUUCCACUAUUUUCGAUCGUAGUAUUUAUCCAACUAUCGUCACUAACAGCAAAUGAAGUGUAAUGAAACGUCACGAACGGUAGUACUGAAUUUCAAUACUUUUGAAAAGACACUUCCAGUAUAAAUGUACGUACUCUGUUGUUAAAAUCCAUUUCACAUCGCCAUUUUCUCUACAAUUUUUUUAUUUUUAUUUUCAACAUGAAUUAAUUUAUAUCCAUCGUAGUAACUUUCGUUCUACUCCUCAACCUUAUACGGAAAAACUAUUAAAAAAAAAAACGUAACAAUAACCAUACAACAUAUCGACGUUUUUAACUUAUCCUGGAAUCAGUAAUGGUUUAAUUUGGUAAUACUUAAAUAACUUCACAACCUUACACAAAAAUAACCAUCGAAAAUUGUAAAAUGCACGCAUUUAUUAAUUCGCUAUAACAACAGCAUUGAGAGUUGAAGAAACUGUCCAUAAUGACAAUAUUAAUUAAAAUAAGGCGUAAAGUCAACUUUAAGUGUGUUCGCUAUGUUUGAUUUGUAACAGUACAGUAGCAGCAACCAAGAUAUAACAAUUUAGUCACUAAUAUUAAGAUUAUCGGUGCGAAUGUCGUACAUUAUUCGGAAGAAACGAUUUGUUCAUUCAGCAUCAAGAAAAACAUAAAAAAUGAAUAUAAAAAAAUUGAUAAAUAAUGAACAGUUGAAUGAGAGAAAACAACAUUACAUAACAUCCUGAAAGCUGCUUUGCUUGAUAUUUAUAUUUUUUAAAAAGAGGAAAUAUUAUUAGCAAGCUGAUAUAGGUAUCUAAAUCUGAAGUAUGAUUAUUAUUCUUAUUAUUAUGAAUAAAAUCAUAAAUAAAUUACGAUUCUACGAAUUGUUCAUACGUUGCAGUAACCAUUCGUGCUUACUAAUAAUGAAUAAUUACCCUUAUGUAACGCGAUCCCCUAAUUUUUAAUCGUGAUCAAACGUAUCAAGUGAUGUUUUUUCAAUUUAUCCAUGUCUGUAUAUAUUAUGUUUUUAUAUAAAAACCAAACUACAUACUACUUGAUAUACAUAUAUUUAUUAAGUACCCUUAAUAAAUUAAAUAAGACUUGGGUCAUAUUUUACUGUUAACAUCUUACAGCGAAAUGUCAUCAAUAAAAAUUAAUAACCCAUUUCCG